UGGUCCAUUAUGGCGGGCUGUCGCCUUACUGGGGGCUUUAUUCGACGUAACCCUAAAUUUCUUGCUUGUUUUCAAGUUGCUCGUCGUAAGGUUCAAUCAAAAGCCGCGAGGAAUCUCGUGGAACUGGAAACUGUGUACAAUGAACGGAAAUGCUUCAUAAACGAGUCAAAAAAUUAUCCCUUGAUUGAUGAGCAAGCAAUCUUUGCCAACAAUGAGCUUGGCCUUCGUCACAUUGAGGUGUAUGGGUUUGAUUAUGAUUACACACUGGCCUCCUACUCCGACACACUACACUAUCUCAUUUAUGAUCUGGCAGUGAAAGAGCUGAUCUCUACUUAUGGGUAUCCAAGAGGGAUUGAAGGCAUAAAGUAUGACCCUUAUUUUGCCAUAAGAGGACUUCAUUUUGACACCAGCAGUGGUCUGUUGCUCAAAGUUGAUGCAUUCCACAACAUUAUGUUGGGUUCUGUUUAUAGGGGAUUACAGCCUGUACUUAAUGAUGAGGUGUUUAGAAUUUAUGAAGGAACACAUCUGGCCAUAACAAAGAUCAAUCCUUCCAAUUUUCUCAAUGGCCCAAGGCGGACUAUGCAUCACAUGAUUGAUCUGUUUUCAUAUCCUGAGAUGGUCCUCAUAUCCAACGUCAUUGAGUUUUUCCAACAAAGAGGUAUCCCUUAUGAUCCAGAGUAUUUGUUUCACGAUUGUCAGCAAGCUGUGCAAAAUGUUCACAAAUCAGGAAAGAUGUAUCAGGAAGUCAUCAAUGAUAUAGAUAAAUACCUUAAGAAGAGCUCUCAUCUAGGAGAACUACUCAACAGACUUGUUUUAUCAGGAAAAAUGCUCUUCUUAAUCACCAACAGUGGCUUUGAGUUUGUGAAGAAAGGUAUGGAUCACAUGAUUGGUAAAGGUUGGCGUGAUCUAUUUGAUGUGGUUAUAACACAAGCUCGCAAGCCUUCCUUUUAUCAUCAGCAGGCAUCAAGACCCUUUAGAUGCCUAGACACAAGACUCUAUCGUCCAAUGUGGCAGAAAGUUUCAGCUUUGUGUAAAGGACAAGUUUAUAUUGAAGGCAACAUUGAACAGUUCAUAAAGUUUACUGGCUGGUACGGUCCAAAUGUGCUCUACUUUGGUGAUCAUGUGUACAGUGACUUAAGAGAUCCUGUUCUUCACCAUGGGUGGAGAACUGGAGCCAUCAUUCCGGAACUAGAGUAUGAAAUCAAGAACGGCAACUCACUGGAGUUUCAGCGUUCAGUUGUGUGGCUGACCAAUCUUCAAGAUUUAAUCCUCCAACUAAAGGCUUUUCCUCCAUGCAGUAAACGGGCUCAACUUACAGAGGAGUGGAAACGAGAGAGAAGAGAAAUAAAGUUGAAGUUGAAAGCGCUGUUUAACCCCAGAUUUGGAAGUGUUUUCAGGACAUAUACCAACUCGACGUAUUUCACCCGCCGCUUAGUGCGGUUUGCUGAUCUUUACAUGUCGUCUGUUGAAAAUCUGCUUAAUUAUCCCCUGAACUACACCUUUUACCCACGAAGAGCUGCUCUUCCUCACGAGGCCGUGCUGGAUUUUAGAACCAAUCGAGUUCCGCAAAACCAGACAUGUCCGAACUCGAAGGACUAAGUGGUUAAGCUGAUCAUCAGAGGGCGGGUUUCAAUUGCGCAUGUCAUAAAAAACCAAACCCACAGCAAACUAUUUAGUAUAUUGGGGUUGAAGAGUUAUGCGCCGAUCGAUUCGAAGCUUCAACUUCCUUCCCGGGCAACUCACGGGCACUUUACUCUUGUCCGUGCCGGCGGGUGGGUAAUUUUAACCUUGCCUGGCCAGGGUGAGGAGUUUGAACCGGAAGUGUCAAGUCUUUUUGGCGGAAUAACAAGCGUUUCAUCUUUUGAUAUGGAGGUUUUUAAAGGUUAAGAGUUCACUUUUGCGAGCGAAAGGCUCCGAAGAAUAAGUCUACAAGAUCUAGGUUCUAAAGCUUGGUCAAUGAGUAGAAAAUCAUGGUCGUUGAUUUUGCCUUGUACUGAAAAAAAAAAAAA